AUGCCAGACCGAAAUGCAUUCCCGACAGAAAAUCGCUUCCGACGUGCCUUGUACGCACUCCCAUUCCUCGCCAUCACGGCUCUCAUGACACGAGCAUUUGGAAUGGCUGAACCCAUUGGUCCUACCAUUGAAGAAAUGGUGAAAACUUCUGUUUUUACUGGUCCCGGGGUUAAUGUUCCGAUCAUAAAAGGCUUCUAUGGUAUCCCGAUCUUGGAUGAAAUUUUCAACGUCGUCACAGCUGCGUUUGCGAAUUUGCAGUUCUAUGUCGAUAAGAAAGCGUAUUGGCAAUCGUUGGUGUUUCUGACCGAUUUCGCGGGAAUGUAUGCUGUCGUUCAGCUUGAGUCUUAUAGACCGGGGAACACGUUUCCUAUUUCCAAAUAUCCCGUUGUAUUUUUGUUCGUUUCUCAAAUAAUCGCCAUUGGAUGCACUGCACCGAUCUUCUUCUUCCUGGCUUAUGUCUUUACACCUGCGUAUAAGCUCACCACACCAAGCUUAGGCCGUGUCGGUGUUGAACCCUGUAAAGCUAUUUAUGCAGCAGUCGUAUUGGAAACUGGUGGAAUUGGAUAUGGCAGCUGUUCCCUGCCUGGUGCUGCAGUAUAA